AUGGGCCCCGCGCUGAGCUGCCUGGCGGCGGUCGCGGUCUUCUUGUUGCUGGUGCGGUUCGCGGCCUUCGCGGCGCGCCGGUUCGCGGGUCGGCGUCGACGCGCCGCCUUCAACGCGCUGCCCGGCUUCGGCGUCAGCCUGCCCCUCGUCGGCGACCUGCCGCACCUGGUGGCGCCGGGCCGCCUGCUGGCCAACGGGCUGGCCAUGUUCGCGCGCUUCGGCCCCACCUGGCGGCUCUGGCUGGGGCCGCUGCCCGUCGUGGUGCUGUCGCGGCCCGAGGACUACGAGGUGGUGAUGGGCAAGUUCAUCGGCAAGCCGCGCCACCUGUACGGCACGGUGGAGACGUUCUUCGGCACGGGGCUGGCCACCCUGAACGGCAGCGUGUGGCGCGGCCACCGCAAGCACCUCACGCCCGCCUUCCACUUCCGGAUCCUGGAGCAGUACGUCGGCGUGUUCGAGCGGAAGGCCGUCGCCCUGGCCGACCGCCUGCAGGCGCGCGUCAACGGCGACGGCUUCAACGUGUUCCCGCCGUUCGCGUUCGCCACCAACGACACCAUCUUCGAGACGGCGUUCGGCCUGGACGAGAGCGCCAACCGCGCCGUGGACCCGGAGCGGCGGCAGGCCUUCGUGAACGCCAUGGAGGACGCGUUCCUGGUGAUGCAGACGCGCGUGCUCAAGCCCUGGCUGCUGCUGGACUGGGUGUUCAACCUGACGGACGACGGGCGCCGCUUCAAGGAGGCCGACCGCAUGAUCGACGAGUUCGCGGGCCGCGUCAUCCUGGACAAGAAGCAGCACCGCGACCGCGCCGCCGGCAACUCGUUCCUCGACCUCAUGAUGAAGGCGGACGACGACCAGGUGCUGAGCGACGCCGAGAUCCGCGGCGAGCUGCGCACCUUCAUCUCGGUGCAGCAGACCUCGGCCACCAUCAUGUCCUUCGUGAUGGUGAUGCUGGCGCUGCACCCGCAGGUGCAGCAGCGUGUCGUGGCCGAGGCCGUGGAGGAGCUGGGCGCCGAGGGUGGCGUGUCCUUCUCGUCGCUCACGGGGCUCAAGUUCCUGGAGCGCGUGCUCAAGGAGACGAUGCGGCUGUACCCCGUGCUGCCGGUCUUCGCCAGGGACGUGACGGAGGACGUCGUCCUGACGGACGGCACCGUCCCGGCGGGCUGCUGCGUCGCCGUCGCGGCCGUGUACACGCACCGCGACCCCGCGCUGUGGGAGCACGCGGGCCGCUUCGACCCCGACCGCUUCCUGCCCGAGCGCUGCGCCGGCCGGCACCCCUACAGCUACCUGCCCUUCAGCGCGGGGCCGCGCAACUGCAUCGGCCAGAAGUACGCCAUGCUGCAGAUGAAGGCGGUGCUGGCCACGCUGCUGCGCCGCUUCGAGGUGGCCCCCGCCAAGGGCUGCGCCACCAUGGCCGAGGUGGAGGCCCAGACGGACGUCAACAUCUUCCUCACCCUGCCCAAGGGCUUCAACAUCCGCCUGCUGCCAGUACAGUCGGUUUAUGAUGAUGCUGUAAUUAUGCUGUCCCCGCCCAUGAAGCGUAAUCCUCGAGUUCGCGAGGAGCCUUGCCAAUAA